AUGGAACAGGACGGGCGAAUCACUAGGGGCGGCUCCCGCCAGCCGCUCCAUUCCACUGGGCCGGAGGAGUCCGCCGGUGGACCUGAACGAGCUACUCGCGAGUCCGCCCUUGGAUCUGACGCUGGGCGUGCCUACUCGCAGGCGGCAGCGGAAAAACACGCUGUCAUGAUUGCGGAAGUCUGGCAGAACGCGGACGGACGGUACAAUAGUGUCAAGAAUCAAGUCACGCUGCGUUACAACGAUGUUAAGGCGACCCUUAACUCGGCUCCCGUCGCGGAAUGGAAGGAUGCCAUCGACACGAUCGAAGAACUCGAGCAGCUGGACUCCCAGCUGGCCCAGCGAGAGAGCGAGCUAGACGAACGCGAGCGCCACCUCAACCAACGACAAGAGCAGCUGGACGAGCGUGCCACCCUCGUCGAUGAACGCGUCAGCAAGCUCCAGGACAAUCUCCAACGUCUGGCAGACGGAAGGAACCGACUGACAGAAGCAUGGGGCAACUUUCGCACCGAGGAAGCCGCGCUCGCCGCUCAGAGGCAAGAGCUACAGCGUGAGCGUCAACGAACGGAGCGUCCAACCCAAGUCGACAGAACGGACGCCGAUUAUGACGAUCCUCUCGCCGAAUCCGCACGACGGCUCGACGCCUUAUUCGAGGAGGGUUUUGAGCCGCCUCCUAGGACCUUGCGGACAUCAGCAAUGCCACGAGGACCACGUGGUGCAGGGUUGGGUGCGCUCGGGGGCAGGAUCCGCCGCUCAAAUUUGACGAGAGAUAGGUUCAAUUUCGUCCGCGAGGCAGACACCCCACGCUUCACCUAUGACGCGGACGGAAAUCGAGUGCGCAGAGAGCAACCGCCCGCAGCACACUUGGGGGAGGAAACCCGCUCCGCCCGUGAUACUGGCGAUCUUCCAUGGGACGGCAGACCCCGUUCGUCCUCAUGGCAAAACGGUAGCGCAGGUCGCUACACUGAGGGUGACGACCGCCCAGCGCGACUAAGAGCUGGCGACGUUAUGUUGUUUGACCCGGCAGAGACGGACGUAAUGGCGUUCAUCAGUCGCCUAGAGUUCAUCGCCACUCAAGAGGGGGAAGAUGCGGUGCUCCGCGUGUUUCCGCUGUGUUUGAAAGGUCAGGCGUUAGAGUGGCACAACGGCCUGUCUGCCGAAAUGAGGAAGGAUAUGAGCGCUUCCCUCCUUGCCACGAUUAGCGAGCUGGGGCGCGAGUUCCAGCUAUCUGAGGGAGAAGCCUGGGCGAAAGCCCAAAGCCUGCGAUUCUCCUUCGACAAGUCGGACGAGCUACCGCUGGCGCUAUACAUCUCGCGGAAAAUUAACCUGCUGCGAGCCGCCUCAAUCUCUGAUUCCGCGAUGGUGAAGAGACUCCUAUGGGAAGGUUUGGAGUCUAACCUGUCCUUGAUUACGCCCCUCAUUCCCACCGAGCGCUUGGAUGACUUCCGAAGGAGGAUUAGGGACAAUGAAUCAGCCGCCCGACGCGCAUGGGCCGAUCGAAAGGCCCAAUUCGCCGAAUACAUACGUAACUCCAGGCGCUUCGACCAAAAUAACGACCGCCGUUCUUAUCGCACCCCCUUGGCCAAGCAACAGACGGAAGCCAUCAAACCGUCCGUGCCUGCCGCAGAUCCUGGGGCAAUUCCCCCAGUGGGCGCCCCCACGACGAGCAAGCUGCCGAUUAGGCGUACAGAGGGAGGAAAGCCGCCAGCGCCCGCAGCAGGGUGCUACGUGUGCGGAGGCCCUCACUACGCCAACCGCUGUCCCCGGAAGGGGGAGGCCAACGAUCGCCCAGCAAAUCAAGUCGAAUUGGAGGGUGCCGGGGAGGAAGACGACGACCUGCUGGAUCUAGACCCCAGUCUAGAUUCCGACAUUACGCCUCGAGGCGAUCUUUCAGUUUGCAUCGAUACAGGCGCGGGUAUAUCGCUUAUCGAUGCAGCGAUAGCGAGCUUAUUCUUUCCCCAUUGUCAGCCUACUCCUAUGCCACAUAAUCGGCGCGUGGGCAUUCGAGGAGUCGGUUCAGAUACAAACGAAUCGAACCUAUUCAUAGCGACGGCUCUCACCUUAAAGGCGGACGACGGUUCUCUUUUCAUCGUAAAGGGCGAAUUCCACCUAGUGCGAUACCUCGGAUGCAAUAUGAUUAUAGCGAACGAUAUAUUGUCAUCAGCGAAGGCCACCAUUGACGUCCACGGCGAGCGCAUCAUAUUACAUAGCAAAUAUUCCAUGAGUGCCAAGGCCACUAGAGGCGCCAUCCGCGCGGGUAAGAGCUCACAGCCGCCCCGAAGGCAGAAAAGGAUCGCCAUCUGCUCCGCGGAUGCCAACGUCGUCAAUGAUCCAACCUCAGAAUCGCCCCUGUUUCCUGCCUCGCAUGCGGAAUUAUUCAACCUACAGCCUGUUCUAUUGACGGAUGCAGAAGACCAUGACAAUCCUCUUCAGAUUCCCACGGCGGACACCCUCGCCGAGCGAGUUGAAGCAGACGUAUCAGAUCACUGGGCGGCAGGAGACCGCGCAGCAAUCCAGCAAACCAUCGACCGGCAUCAUAGACUAUUUAGUCCCAGCCUGGGCCUAUUUUCGGACGGGAUAAAGAUGCCACUACGAUUCGUCAAUGAGGACGACUUUUCCGGGCUAAAGCAACGGCCUUACCCUCUUUCGCGGAGAGACCGGGAGGUGGCGGAUCAAAUCUUGGACCCGCUCGUACAAAAUGGGAGAAUCGAGAGGGUCCCCCUUGGGGACAAGAACCCUAUCGCUUCCCCUGCAUUUGUGGUCUGGCACAAGGGAAAGCCGCGUGUAGUUGUGGACUUGCGGAAGGUCAACUUACGAUUGCUCCCGAAUGCAUACCCCUUGCCGACGCAACAAGAUGUGCUACAGUCGUUAGGAGGUUCCACAGUGUUCUCGUCAAUGGAUAUCCGCCAAGGCUUUUUUCAACAACCCAUAGAAGAUGGCGACCGCUUUAAAACCACCUUCGUCACUCCGCACCGAGGUCUCGAGCGGUUUACCGUCGCUACAAUGGGGUUGGCAACCUCGCCCGGGUUCUUUCAGCAACGUAUGGAAGAAAUCCUAGCGAAAUUCUUAUGGCGAUUCGCGUUGGUCUAUGUCGACGACAUCAUUAUCUACUCGCGUUCGCUAGACGACCAUCUCCAUCACAUGCAGGAAGUAUUCUCAGCUCUCGAGGCGUCCGGGGUGACGAUGUCUUUAGCCAAGUGUCAUUUCGCCUACCCUUCUGUGCGUUUGCUAGGCCACCAUGUCGGCCGACUGGGCAUAUCCACUCAGGAGGAGAAGGUAGCCGCUAUUGCGAACCUAGCCUUCCCUAUGACUCUCGGGGAGCUAGAAGGGGUCAUCGGCCUCUUCAACUACUAUCGCGAUUUCGUGGAUUUCUAUGCAGAUAAGGUAGAAGCGUUAGAAGCACUCAAGACCAGGAUGCUGCGCAACGGCCCCCGAACAGGUCAGAAGAGAGCUUCGUACGCCGCGAAAACCAAGUUGACAGGAUUCGAAGAAUCACCGCAGUUCCAGACCCUACUCAAAGAAGCCCAACGUUCUUUUGAGGCAGUCAAACGAGCCUUGAUGGACGCUCCCACAAGAGCAUACCCUGAUUUCAAGCGACCGUUCAUCGUGUAUGUGGAUUCCAGCAAACAGCGCGGAAUAGGAAUCGCCCUACAUCAGGUGGGCGCCGAUGGAAUCGAGAGGCCCAUUCUAUUUCUAUCGCGGCGAUUAAACUCAGCGGAGAGACGGUAUUGGGCGACCGAAUUGGAGUGCUUGGGGUUGAUGUGGGCCCUGAAGAAGCUUCCUCAAUACCUCGACGGCGAAUUCUUUGUUGUGACCGAUCACAUCGCACUUAUAUCCGCCCUUCAAUCGCCCGCGACAGGUCAUCGGAGUAAUCGGUUGGCGAAUUGGGCUUUAACCCUUAGCACGUAUCUUCCGCGCAUGCAAAUCCGCUAUCGCAAAGGCGCUUCCCAUGACAACGUUGAUGCUCUAUCCCGAUUACGCAGUCUCGAGGACGAUUCUGAAGAGAUCCCCCGAGAUGAUCAAGACAAGCUACGCCAGGUGCUCGCCCAGCAGGCGGAAGGAACCACAGAUGAGUUCGUCGCUGCUAUAUCCGACGUGGGCGUAGCCCUCUCGAACGAUAUCAAAGACCAAUUGCGUAAGGACCUACCGGCUGAUCCAGCCUUGGGGAAGGUCUAUCGUAAGGUAGCGCGAGAGGGAAAAUAUCAUUCGUUUACGCUUCACGACGGUCUCUUGUUUUUCACCAACGAUCGCCUCUGCAUCACGCAAACCCUAGCCGAAAGCCUUAUUCGCUUGUGUCAUGACGCAGCCGGACAUCCAGGGCUUCAUCGGACGGAAGACAUUGUUCGCCGAUCCUUCUUCUUGCCUCACGCUCGCAGACGAAUCCUCGAUCGCAUUUCACGAUGCCCGAAUUGCCAGCUGUCUAAGCCACCCAACCACGCUCAGUGGGGCAAAUCACACCCCAUCUCGUCCCCGAAAGAGCCGUUCGAGGUCCUCUCGAUAGAUUUCAUUACCGGACUGCCCGUAAGCGACAGCCGUGACACUAUAUUGACAGUCACGGACAAAUUCUCCAAAGCCGUGAUUCUAGUCGCAGGGCAAGAGAAGUGGGACGCGCCGCGGUGGGCGGAAGCGUUCUAUAAGGAGGUGAUCUGCCGCUGGCAGCCCCCGCUGGCGAUUAUCUCAGACAGGGACCCCAAAUUCACGUCGCAAUUUUGGAAGUGCGUUCUUCGGUUGAUGGGAGUCAAGAGCUGGAUGACGACCGCCUACAAUCCUCGCUCAAACGGCCAAAGUGAACGAACCAAUCUCACUGUCGAAGUCACCUUGCGAGCGCUUCUCAUAGGCAAGUAUGAAGCGGGCUGGAACGCCCUGCUCAACCAGGUGGAAAGAACGUUAAAUUCGGUAGCUGCCCACCCGGCAGCGAUCUCUCCUUUCGAGUUACUCACGGGCGUGAAACCAAGGUGGCUACCAUUAAAGAACGAGGAAGCUCCGGCGGACGUAGCUGAGUUCAUCGCCGCACGGGACGCAGUGCGGCGGGACGUCCUGGAUUUGUACGCUCUCGCAAAAGCCAAGAUGGCCGAGUCCUUCGACCGCUCCCACUCUCAGCCAAUCAUUCGGGUAGGCGACUUCGCGUUCCUGAACCUGGCCCGCAAAAACGAGAAAGGGUAUGUCGUUCGAGGAUCCUCCAAACUUUCGCCCCUGCGAAUAGGCCCAUUCAAGGUCGUCGAGAAGAUCUCGGAUGUCGCCUUCCGCCUACAGCUUCCCCCCAAAUGGCGUAUGCACCCCGUUAUUUCCGUCAUUCAUUUGGAAAAGACGCUCUUACGUCCCGCAGACCUCGAACACCCGCCACCCGAACCAGUCAUGGUAGAUGGUCAGCCACAAUUUGAGAUCGAAAAGAUCAUCGGAAGACGCAUGGAGAGCGGCGAGACCUACCUCCAGAUCAAGUGGAAAGGAUACGAAGACCCAACCUGGGAAUCUCUCGACGUGAUCGCAGAGGAUACCCCGGACCUUGUCAAAGCCUUCAUGGCCAAGAAGCCGCGCGGUCGACCGCGUAAAAAGUAA